UGCGAAGAGGCGAGGAGACAGGGAGUCAGUUGGCUCAUUGCUGUGCGCGCGUGUGUCUCGUCCCAUCGCCGAGAAUAUCAUUUAUUCUCAGGGGCGACGACGACGUAGCGUGAAAGCGUAGAUACCGAGCCGGACUGACUCGCCUGUGUCGCGGCUCCAGGCGUACGGCCCAGGGCGAGACAGAGGCGGCCAAACCACGAGCGCUAUGCGGUUCAACGAGGUCGUCUGCAACUCCACGUCGCCGAUGCACAUCCAGCACCGUCACAACAAUAAUCAACCGCCACAGAGGAGCACCUCGGAGCUGAUGAUCGGCGGGGGCAAGGUCGCCGACGCCCCGACGGUCGCAGCUCAGCAGCAGCACUUCCACGUCGGCCAGGACACCGGCACCUACUCGUCGCUCGCCGUCACUCGCAGCAGCAGGCUCCUCGACUACAGCCUCAACAACAACCUCGACGGUAGCUUCCCCAGCAGCUCGACCGAGAGUCUGGCCGACUACGGGCCGGUCGACGAGGAGGAGGAGUUGGAGGAGGAAGAGGAAGAGGAGGCGGGCUCGGACUGGUCCGAGUACUCGGAGGACGCCAACCUGCCGGCGGGCUGUCGGGGCAUCGUCAACCCGAACUAUCCGGGCUUCCAGCACCUGGGUCCGUCGCUCCUCUCUGACACCGACGACACCGACGACGAGCUCGAGCUCGAGCUCGAGCGUAAGCCGGCGUCGCUGCGCGACGACGUGUUCAACAACAACAGCGCCGCCGACAAAGACAACCGCUGCCGGCACAGGCCAGUCGGCGACCAGCGCAACAACAACGACGAGCACGCGCUCAACCGCCUCGACGUGCAGACCGAGCAGAGUAAGCACUUCUUCUACGAGAAGUCCAAGUUCAACAUCCAGACGGCCAGCACGCUGAUGGAGUGCAUGAGCUACGUGAAGGGCGUCCACGACACGCUUGCCAGCAAGAUCAGCGACGAGGACGUGGAGAUAGUGCAGCUGAGCACCAGCGUCAACGAGAGCCUGCAGUUCGCCCAGAUCGAGCAGAUCGCCACGGACUCGUGCAAGAGCAGCGAAACCGACGAGGUCGAGGAGAGCGGCGCGCUGGACGAGCCGCUCGAUCUGAUCCGCGAGGCGAGCCUGAGUCUCAACAACAACUACGCCAACAACCGCACCAACGGCAGCCAGACCAGCGAGUCCUCGAGACUCUUUUGCAACAGCAAGAACAACGACAACAACAACAGCACCAAGCUGAUCAAUUACUCGCCCGCCAUCUCGACUAAUCCCUUCCUGAACAACCCCUUCCUCGAGCCCCUUCCCACCAAAGUGGCGCUGCUCGAAGAGAUCGACCUGCUGGCGGACUGUCGCCAGCUGCACCAGUCCACCGGCACCAAUCACAACAAACAGCAGCACGACUACCACCAUCACCAGCAGCAGCACCAGCACCAGCAGCACCAGCAGCACCAGCAGCAGCUGCUGCCAGACUCGGUGCCCGAUGUCGUCGCCGUGGAGGCGGAGCACCUCAAGUGCAGCCAGUCCGACGCGGUCGCGCGCGCGCAGCAACACGCCAGCUUGAAGGACCAGUUCGGGCGCUGCCUCAAGGACGGCACCAAGCAGCAGCGGCGCAAAGCCGAGCUGGAUGUCGACUGUUUCGACGUCUACAACAUCGAGACGGCGAUGCCCAAGAUCGACAUGGACGCCAUCGAGAUGCAUCUGAAGGCCGUGCUGGUCGAGGAGCGCCGGCGCCGCAACGACCGGGAGGAGAUCCGCAGGCGACUGGCCAUGGGUCCGGAGGCGCAGGCGGAGGAGGCCCGCAGCGAGCAGCGCCGCGUCGGCGGCAAGCCCAGCCUGCAGUCGCGCCUGCAGAGCGGCAUGAACCUGCAGAUCUGCUUCAUGAACGAGAGCGCCUCGGACUCGGAGUCGCAGGACCGGCCGGAGCUCGCGAGCCCGCAGCAGCCGGCGCGCAGCCGCAGCCCCUCGGCGUCGCGCUGCUCGUCGUCGUCCUGCUCCUCCUCCUCCUCCUCCUCCUGCUCCUCCUCCUCGUCCUCCCCCUCGGUGUCCUCGGGGCCGAGCUCGCCCCGGCGGCACCCGCUGUCGGUGAGCGCCUGUGAGGAGGCCGCGGCACGCGAGCAGCGCGCGCGCCCCGAGGAGCCGGCCACGGGCCCCGCGGACCCCGUGGCGCGCCAGGCCCGGCUGCAGACCGAGGCCCGGCUCGCGCUCGCCCAGGCCAAGGAGAUGGCCCACAUGCAGAUGGAGAUCGAGCGCCAGAAGCUCAAGGUCAGCCCCGUCACCGAGAUGAUGCGCUGCAGUCUGCGCAAGAUCGGCGUGAGCCUGGGCGAGGAGCGGCGCCGCCUCACGCGGGCCCUGCUCACCGAGCUGAACGUCGCCCAGCUGCAGGUGCUGGCCAACGACCUGCACGCCCGCAUAGCCACCCUCAACGAGGCUCUGGUCGACGGCCUGCUCAUGCGCGACGACCUGCACAUGGAGCAGGACUCGAUGCUCGUCGACGUCGAGGACCUCACGCGCUACCUAGGCGCCAAGCAGGAGUCCUUCAAGCAGCAGCAGCAGCAGCAGCAGCAGCAGCAGCAGCAGCAGAAGCAGCAGCAGAAGCAGCAGCUCAAGCAGGCGGCCACGGCGAAGACUCCGUCGGCGAGGAAGAGCGCGUUGGCGCGCGCGCACCUAUUGCAGCGCAGCCAGGCGACCACGCGCACCACCCUGGCACUGCUCAGAGGGGCUUCGCAGGGCAAACUCGCCUCUCAGGGCCGUCAGCUCGUGGCCAGUCUCGUGAGGAAAUAGUACGCGGUGGGCGCCGCCCUCGCCGCCUACGUCUGGCGCAGCGCCGCCGCCGUCGCCGGCCGUGUCGAACUGCCUCCCCGACUGGCCCGCCAGCCUUCGCUCGUCGGACGGUGCUAGACGGCCAGCCCCUCCCUGCCUCGCUCCUGCCCACCCCUCGUUCGUGCCCGUCCGACGACUGCACUGCUGCCCGGCACUUCGUGUACAUAGUCGUCCCUUCGACAACACCUGCUGAGCUCCAUUGCACUCCGACAACGUCCGUCGUCGAUCGCUGCACUGGUUCCAUCCGCUAGACUCACUUACCCGCCAACCUAGCAAGCUCGGCUCCAAGCUGUCACUACUCUCCGUUGCGAAUCUCGUCAACGCUCGACCAUCCUUUCCGACCUCUCCCCCGCCCCUCUUUGCAAUAAUCGUAUGCGUGAAAACCGGAUUAUCGCAACUGCAGUUCGGCGACAACACCUGUUCCCAGCCGUAAUCGUUCGUUGUGUUCCACCAUCGCCACCGAUAAGAACAAACAAUAACACUCAAUUUAUAUCAGAGUGCGAAGGAGUUUGUACCUAAAUUAACAGAAUUGUUAACUAAUAUGUAUACAUUAGUACAAUAAUUCAUCAACUUAGUUAUGUACAAAAUCAAUCUUGAUGUUUUGACUACGUAAGUACGUACUGUUUCCUAUUUCGCGCGCAGGCUUACAUGUUUUUCUAUUUAAGCAUUGAAUGAAAAAACAAUAAUCAAUAACGAUCAAGCGAUUUCAUACGUUCGUAUAAAUAUUUAUCGGUCAGCUCUUCUUCGUUUCUUUCUUAAUUUUUAUUAUUGAUGUCGUUUCAAAUUGUUAGUUACUACUAGGAUCCAACCUGCAGCCUAGCUGUCGGAAGUGCGCUUUUAAAGUAUUACGUACAAAGCGUCUCACAGCUGCAGUCAACGAAUACCGUUCACUUCGAAAAAUUUGAAAUAAAGACACAAGAGCUCGGCAUCGUUAUAACAGAUCCGCAGUUAUUCACUGACAAAGAGAAACGUACAAUAGUUCCCAACCCCGUUCCAACGUUCUUAACGUUUUUUCAUUACACAAUCCAGUCAAACUGUCAUUCCUUGUCAAAAUAAAUCAGCGAGGAAUUAGCCCUCUCUUCGUGAAUCGCGACGCGUGUUGUGCAAAUACCAUGAAUAUUGUAGAACGCGGUGAAUGUUAUAUCAUGUAACAAAUUUGGUUUGUUAAGGUAAAUCUCAGGUUAAGUAGAAGAUCUACAGAGAGAUACUGAUAAAUAAUAAAAUAGCGUAUUAUCUACAAAAUAGUUUAAUCGUAAUAAUUAUUAUCAAUAUACAGGCUGUAA